AGCAUGGGGCCAGAAGUUCUCUGUUCAAAAGAGGCUGAUGUAUUUUUGAGGUCUGGUUCAACCAAAUACCACCGCAUUUACCUCGGUUAACUUAUUGCUUUGCUUGGGAAUCAUUUUGUAAAACAAUUUCUCUAGUGAUAGAUUCUAGAACUCAGCUUUGGCGUUUUCUGCGGCUCGAGGAGCUGCGGCGAUGGAUUGGUUCGGGACUGGAAACUCCCCCAUGUUUUCAGAAGAAAACUGCAGUGCCACUGCCUCUUCUGUACCAAAUCUAUUUUACAGCUCUUCACUGCAGGGUGAUGCCGGAGCAGAGGGCGUGGCACCCAGCAUGGGGUCGGCACCCGCUGACAACAUGGUGUCCCUGUGCCAGAGCCAGCAGCAGUGCGUGAAGGCCUCAGUUGUGUCCAGUUGGCAGUUGGUUGAGGCUCAAGACCAGCUGUGCGGGCUGGAGCUGCACGGCUCUGAGAGCGUGGAACAGGAACGCGCACGUGCCAUCGCCAGCCAGGCGGAGCUCUCCCACACGGAACUGGAGUGGCGGCGGAAGGAGAGCAUGCUGGGAGGCGGCAGGAGCUCAAUGCUCUGCAGCGACGACAGCCGGGACGUGUUCGACAGGAGUAUUAUCAACAUGCAAAGUGCAAACCUUCAGUCGGAGGAUCACGACAAGAGCAAGACAUUCGUGGAGAAGUACGAACCAGAAUUGAAACAUUUUGGAAUGUUGAGGAGGUGGGACGACAGCCAGCGCUUCCUGUCUGACAUGCCCCACCUCAUUUGCGAAGAGACAGCCAACUACCUGAUCCUCUGGUGUUUCAGGCUGCAGGCCGAAGAGAAAGAGGCGUUGAUGGAGCAGGUCGCUCACCAGGCUGUUGCUAUGCAGUUUAUCCUGGAGAUGGCUAGCACUUCCCAGCAGGACCCCAGAGGCUGUUUCCGUCAGUUUUUCCACAAAGCUAAAGCAGGACAAGAGGGAUACUUGGACGUGUUCUAUACCGAACUAGAGGCCUUCAAAGGGAGAGUAAAGGAGUACACCAUCAAGUGCAAAGGGGACAGACUCCCUAACAAUAAUGAACAACAUAGUGGCAGCGCUCACGCUCCGCUGGACCCCAAAGACGUACUGGAAUCUUUACCUCCUGAGCUGAAGGCAGGGUUCCAGAUGCAAGAUAUGGAGAUUCUCCAGAAAGUUCUCAGCAACAUGAAUCCACAGGUGGCAGAGUACCACGUAAAGCGUUGCCUGGAGGCCGGCUUGUGGACUAAUAGAGAAGGGAGACGGUCCAAGGAGGACUCUACUUCGGAAACCGACGACCUGCGCAUGAUGGAGACAUAGUCACCAUCUCCCCUAUAGGACCGAAUGACUAGUCUCUCCUAUGAAACGACAUGGAGGAAAAAGAGCUGAGCUCCCACACAGACUUAUUUUUGUAUGCAGCUGAAUCUGCGCCGAAUGUGUCCUGCACUUUAUAUUUGUUCAAAUCAUUAUUUAAGGGAAGCCGAGUGGUAACUUAUUGUACCUUUGCUCAUAUCACUAACGUAUCACUUCUAUUGUCAUCUUGAUUGUUUUAGCAGAUUGAUUCCCACUUUGGAGAGGAAGUCAUCUUCACUGAGGAUUUGUGAGCUACUGUUUGAGGAUUUUGUAUUCUUGUGGUUCUGUUUAUCAACCUGUAAAGUGUGAAGAAUGACGUUUUGAAAUGUUUUAAGACUCCCAGCACAGUUCUUGCCUAGUGAGACUGGCAAGAACUUGAGCAUUGGAAUCCAGCAAGAUAAUCUAGAUAUCCAGAUAGACAUACAAUUUGUUUAAAUUCAAAGAAAAUAGUUCUAGGACUUAUGGUUCUGCAGUUGAUGUCCAAUACGCUGCAAAAACAGCUGAGACACAAGCAUAUGUGGCCUAAACUACAAAAAUGUUCUAAAAAGCAGGUAUAGUUUAUUGUUACUUUCAAGCCUUGUGGGAGGUUAGUUCAUUGACAUUAGGCUCACAUCAAAUGGUAACUGGUGUAUGUUCAAAACUUGGGUAUAGGAAGUAUCCUUCAUUUGACUUUUUACAUUUUGUUGUGUUACAAAGUGGAUUUAAAUGUUAGAUUUUGGUCAACAAUCUCUAUUCUGAAUAUUCUGCAAAAUCAAUGCAGUUCCAAAAUUCUGUAUAAUGUUUUUAAAGAUGUCUUUUAAGAUAUAUUUUCUGACACUUAUAUUCUUCAUUGGAUUUAGAAUGUGGAAUUGUUUUCUGAAAGAGCACAGUAUUGGGUAGAAGUCAUUCUGCAGCAGUAAAUGUGCGUUGGGCCAGAUCAGUGGAUGACCUUAAAUCAGGGUUUUCCAAACCUCUCCCCCUGUUUUAACCCUGAACUAGACCACAAGGAGAGGUUUGUGAAACCCUGCACUAGACAACUAUAUAUUUUUUUAAAUAUUGAUCAGAUCAAACACUAGGUUGAUUAGUUCUGUUCACCCCCUAAUUAAUAAAUGUUAGAAAUACCUUUGA